GUGUGUGCGUGUAUUUGUGUGUGUCUCUCUGGCGCUUAUAAGAGCACAUUUGUGAUGGAGUCCACAUCAGUUCACUUUUCCGCAGCGGAGAUGAGCGCUUGGAUAGCGAGCUCCAACCCAGCCAUGAAACUCAUUUUGCUCUUCACCGCCUCCCUCACCUGGGCCUUUCAGCAACAGGCUGCACCACCUAAGUACCAGUACCGCGACCCUGUGACCUCGGACCUCCUCCUGUGCGACCAGUGUCCUCCGGGCACAGCCGUGAAGCGACACUGCGCCGCUGACAGCCCUACGGAGUGCCAAGCCUGCCCUGAGAGGCACUUUGCUGACAACUGGCACUGGGGGAACUCAUGCCAAUACUGCACCUCGGUGUGCAAAGAGAGACAGCUGGUGAAGCAGGAGUGCAAUAGUACUCAUGACAGAGUGUGUGAAUGCGCUGCAGGUUUCCACCUAGUGGUCGAGUUUUGCAUCACACACAGCUCCUGCCCGCCUGGUUAUGGAGUGGCAGCUUUAGGUACACCAGUGAGCGACACAGUGUGCGAGCCAUGUCCUGCUGGUCAUUUCUCUAGCAGCCGCUCCUCAACAGAGCUAUGUUGGCCCCACAGAAACUGCACCGAUUUGGGCAUGAAGAGAUUGAGACGGGGGACGUCCACUUCAGACAGCAUUUGUGGGAACCAAGUCAUGGCAAUUGAUUGUGGUCAUCAUCACACAUUGUGUCACACAGAUGUGUUCUUGUGUGAGGAGGCAGUUUUUCAGUCACUAGCCUCCCUGCAGCUGUCGUCCGUGCCCCUGGAACGUCUAUUGGAGAGUCUUCCGGGCCGGAGGGUGGAUCGCAAGAGUGUGGAGAGGCUGAAGAAGGCCUGUUUGCCACAGCAACGUGUCCUCCAGCUGCUGCGACUAUGGAGGCAGCAGAACAAAGACCAGGAUAAGCAGUAUGGCAUCAUAAAAGGUGUGAACCACUGUGAGCGCAAAAUCUCCCGCUGCAACAGCCUAAACAACCUGACACUUGACGACCUCUUGGAGGUCACCAACAGUUUGCCGGGGGUUCCAGUUCAUCGGGAGCAUGUGUCGGCGGUGGUCGCGACUUGUCUUCCCAAGCAGUACAUCCUCCAGCUUCUCCACCUGUGGAAGAUGGCCAACUUCGACCUAGAUCUGGUCAAAGGUCUUUCUCACAGUCUGAGGGUGCUGCGCAGCAAAGGGGCACCACGUUAUCUUCUAAAAGGCCUGAAGAAGAUCAGCCACAUCAUCGGAUACGCCUCCACUCGCAAGAUGUAUGAAAAGAUGUUUGUUAAUAUGCUUCAAGAUGAACUGUGUUUUAAAACUCUUAAGCCGUUCAAUGAAUAAGAGCAACUACUUUUAGGGAUGGGCGUAUGGCUAAAUGUUCUUAAUUGGCUUUUGGGAAAUUUAUUGAUCAAUUACUUUCAAUGGUAUGCGAGAAUGUCUCUCGGACAUGCAAGUGUUGCAGAAUGAUGUUGCUCAAGAGUUGUACCAUAGCAAAGGUCUUCUUUUCAUAGACGAUGAAUCAGAGGUGCCUCUACUGGUUGCGGCUAAGUACUGCACUCCAUCUUGCCUCAAUAGCUUCCAGUCACAAGUCAUCAACAAUGAAUUCCACAACUUCCCAUCCCUAGUGUUUAUUCAAACUAAACUUCAAGGGACAACAACACUCAAGCUGGAAUAGAUGCACUCUGAAACAGUCACAGUGCGAUUACGUAGACAUUUACUGGUCAAAACAUUAAGUACACCUGAAACAUGAUAUGAGUUCUAGUACAUGAGCUGUAUCCAUAAUGUAAAAUGAACAUCAUCUUUGUGCAUUUCUGAUACAUCUCUUGUAUUAUUAUUAUUAUUAUUCACAUGUGUUGUGCAGAUGUGCCUAAUGUUGUAGAUGUAUGUGGAACAGAUAUGAAGUAGGUCACAUGGUAGCAUUUGGUCUGCAGGAUGCUACUAGGGCAAAUAAAGCUAUACACAAGAAUAUAAAGAACAUCCCUUGCUUCAAUCAGUAGAUAAUUCUGAAACAAGGCAUGUUCAUAACUGUUGCUCUUCAGUAAUUAACCAAAUGCUUCUAAUAAAAAUAGCAAUUACACAUUUGCGUCCUCCAUGCCGAGUAAUUUUGGAAAAUAUUUCAUGGGAACCUUUUUGAGUCUGUGAAAAGUAAUAAACAAAAUUAUUUAAGGUGUAAAUAGCACACAAUUUUAUGGAAAAUGGGCAAGCAAAUGUGUUGUUUUUUCUUAUUGCUUUCUCGCUAUUUGAGAGGAAGGAUUUGGUUUCAUAAUGAAAUCCAGGUAUGAGCUAUAUAAUUGUCUUUUGUUUUGUUUUGUCCGCGACUGCUGGCAAGUAAAGUUCAUAGGAAUUUAGUGUUGUUAUUGUCAGCUUUCUGAAUGUACAAUUGUGUUCUAUUUAAAAGGGAGUUUAACUUUCCAUUCUUUGUAAAGGCUUGUUUUUAUUGCUUUUAAAAAAAAUACUGGAUCCUAAAUGCUGCAACUUCUUGAAGGGAGAUGUGUUUUAUAUUUGGUUUUCUAUCUUUUAUACAAAGAAGUGUCUGUUUCUUUAUGUAUAUAUGCCUCGGGUAACACUAAUGUCGAAUGGUGUGUACAGAUGCUUCAUAAAAGAUUAGACUUUUGUUUCUGCUGUGACUUAUCGUUUCUUAAACAGCUCACAUAGACACAAGCAAUGACCGAUGAUUUAUACUCAGUGGAAAAAACAACAUUUGUGGAAAAAAGACUCGUAAGUAGCUGUAAUAAUCUAACACAACAUGCCAAAUUAGU